CAAAUCAGCACGACAGGAUUCCGGAUAGAGCCUAGGUCACGGGUUUGAACUGAAAGACACUGAAAAAUAUAAUAAAAGUCAGUCGAAAGAUACAUUGCAUCCGCGGAGAGCAUUGCACUCUAGAAAAAAAACGUGGGAUUUAUCUUUGAACUGCAAUGAUGAAAACUUUGAGAUCACGGAAUUUAAGCUACUUCCGGUAACAAGUUCGCAAAUGAGCGCUUCUACCAAACCACUAUCGAACAAGAAUUUUGGAACUAACGUUGUUUUUAGCUACUUCACAAAUAAGCACAACAGUUUGAAUGCUGCUAUGCCUAUCUGUCCAGUCUAGAUUAGGCUACAUAUUUGUAAUAUGUUGCAACGCGCCUCCAGGAUUUGCGAUGAAAGAGCGAUACUAAGGGUAUGAGGCAUGCGGUCGGAGUUCAGAAUCCUUCUCUGUGGGGGCACCGGGGUUGGGAAGAGUGCAGCGGGCAACACAAUUCUGGGCAGCAAGCAGUUUGUUUCUGGAACUAGACCUCAUCCAGUCACGCAGUUGUGUGAAACACGAACAACUGCGAUCCGAGGAAAGAAAAUCAUUGUCAUUGAUACACCAAGCACAGACGAGCCUGAGCUGAGAGAUGAAUUUCAGCGUUGCCUCAGUUCGUCCGAAGCACUACCCGUAAUCUUUCUUCUUGUCACUCCACUGGGGGUUCGUGCAGCCAAAGCCUUGAGAGUGCUGGAUUCUCUUCAGACAAUCUUCCCAGGACACGAGGUGGAUGAGUUUGCCGUCGUGUUGUUUACGGGUGGAGAUAGGCUCGAAGAGCUUGGUGAAAGACAGAAGGAGAUUGAGGAGGACAGCGAAACACAACAUCUUUUAACUCGCUGUGGCAAUAGGCAGCACACGUUCAACAAUGAAGUCGAAGAUCAGUCGCAAGUAUUGCAGCUCGUUGCCAAAAUCAACAGGUUGCUGCAUCAGAGCAAAGGCGGCCAAUCAUAUAAGGAUAUCAACAAUAUGAAGGCAAAGAAAAGGAGUGUGGAACAAGCAGAGGAAGAGGAGAUUGACAUCUGGAACUGGCCAGACUACAAGAUCGAGCUUCCUGUGGAGUGUGGAAGUAAGACAGGUGUGCUUCACAGGGAAAAGAUGGCUAAAGGAGAAAAGUGCAUUGAAUUCGAUGGCAGCUGGUUUACUCCGACAAAGUUUGAGGCAUUUGCUGGCAAGGGUUCUUGCAAGAAGUGGAAGCAGACUAUCCGGUGCCAAAAUAUCCCACUGGCACGUCUCAUUCAGGAUGGCCAUUUGACAUGCCCCUUUUUCACAAAAAAAGACCUCAAUGGAGAUCAGGAUGAAUUUCCCAUGUGGGCCCCCGAUGGCUCCCUUAUUGAAACCGGGGAUUUAAAGCUCAUACUCACAGGAGUGGAAGGAGAACUUCCAGUCGGAAUCUUGACAGAGAGGCUGCUGGGUAAAGAUGUCAUCAUGGACGAUGUCCAGGACAGCCUGCAGGACAGUGCACUGACCGUCACAUGUAAAAAGGUGGAGAGGACCCCUCAGAAGAGUCACUCACCUACUUCAGGGUCCCACAAGAAUUCGAAGGCAGGGAGCAAAAAGGAGGAUGCCAGUCACAGAAACAAAGACACAUUGUCUCCACAGAAGGAGGAGGUGUCAAAUAAAAAUGGCACCAAGGACAACUUUGAUGUUUCCAUCUUUCAGGAGAAUUCAUUGCCUGUCACUUGUCGAAAAGCAACAGGAAUUCUUCAGAAGGAUCGGUUUUCCUCAGGAAAAACGGGCAAAUGCAUCAGGACGUCGGGUCGCUGGAUGACCCCUGAGGAGUUUGUGCAAGAGGCAGCGGGCCUCAAGAGCGGGAAAUGGAGGCGGGACAUUUGCUGCCAUGGCGAACCCCUCGCCACCCUUAUUGAGAACCAGAUUCUGCAACUUCAUUCUCUGCUUUGUGAGUGUGAUGUGUGCAAGUCUAAAGACCCAUCCGACCAGAACAACGAUGACCUCUGCUUUAUCUGCUGCCAAGACACUGAGUUGGUGUGCUGCGACGGCUGUCCUCGGUCGUUCCACCACGCAUGCCACCUACCCGCACUGGAUCAGAACCUCGGAGACCGGUGGAUGUGCACCUUCUGCAUCAUGGAGAAGUCCAAAGAGCUCUGCCAUCGCACGAGGACUCUGGAGGAGGCCCUAGACGGCGGGAUCUUGCCCAACAUGCUGCACUGCCAAUAUCUACUUCUGUAUCUGUUAAAAGAAGACAAGGAGCUCAUCUUCAUGCAGGACCCUUGUCUGACUUUUGACAACUAUGCUGCGGUCAUCAGCAAGCCCAUGUGGAUAGACAAGAUUAUCAAGAAGCUUCGGGGAGAGUACAGUAAAGUGGGAGAGUUUGUUGCUGAUAUGCGGCUCAUCUUCAAGAACUGCACCACGUUUAAUAAGAACAACGAGUAUGGGAAAAUGGGAGCCAGACUGAAGGAUUUAUUUGAAAAGAAGUUCAAAUGGGUCUUCAGCAUUAAAUAGCUGCAUUCCUUACUGUACAUCACAGGAUCACUCCACUCUAUGGGACUCAAGAGGCACAAAGGUUGUUACUGUCAGCACCUGACCUUGUGCCAGUUUACACUUUGUGAUAAUCUGCAUAACUGUGUGGGAUGUUUGCUACAAGAGAUAUUUGAUGCUCAGCUAUAACUAUGAGGGAGUCAACAUGACUUGCAUGAAGCAUGAAACUCUUGGCAGUACAUACCUGAUACCAGAUUGAUUUUGAGUCAUGCUUUGGACUUUGGACUCCUGGAACAUGGGUAUCCCGGUAGAAAUGUACUGUCUGUCAUUGUUAAUCAUGAUUUUAGAUGAUCAAUGUCAAUAUCUUGGUGGUUAAUAUCUUUAGGAGUUCAAAGGAAGGUCAUACUUGUGGUAGAAACGUAUAUUCUCACAAGAUGGCAUAUUUUAUCUGUCAAGUCAUCUAAGUUUAUGCAUUGUUUCUUUAAGGAAAUCCAAAGUUGAAACUGCAUUCAGGGACAUACAUUUUUACGAUGUUUUUAUUAUUAUUAUUUUGUUAUUUUUUUGUCUUUCUGAAGGGUUUUUAUAUGUCAAUGGAAUUUAGAACAGACGGCCACACUUCAAAUUAAAAAAUAA